GUGUCGGCAGCAAAAGAAGGAGGACUGGAGGACUUUUAUUUUGAAUAAUAGUGACUGCAUACACGAUUGUCGUCGCCUUCGCAAAACAAUGCGGAAGUGUCCGUGCUGCUGAUUACAAGUUUAGUAGAGUACCGACACGUACAUAAGGUAACAUAAGGUACUGUACAUUUGAAUGACCUUCGUCCCCAGACCAGCUUGGUCAGGUCAAAAGAAAGAUGGGUAGGCGGAGGAAGAGGGUUGCAACAGGUGAUGGAGUACCUAACCCAAGAAAGGAGGAAAAAACACCUGCUCCUCCACGCAAGGAGAAAAAGAAGAAAACUGACAUUGGGAAGAUGUUCAUCAAUAUAUCCAUCGGUUUGUGUAUCUUCAGUCUCAUCUGGUUCUUCUAUGCCCUUUAUAUGCGCUCAUCCUUGGCCAGGAGGGUUGUGACCUUGCACCCCUCUCCACGGGUCUUGGAUGCUAAUAGCUCAAGUCCUGACGUGUCUCCUGAAAAAUACUGGGGUACCUAUCGGCCCCAGGUGUACUUUGGGAUGAAAACAAGAAGUCCCAGAUCUGUUGUGACAGGCUUAAUGUGGAUGCGUCAGUUUGCUGAAAUGGAUGGAAAUCUCAGGCACACUUGUGAGCAAGGGGACCAUUUGCUGGGCUACGGAUGGCUGAUGCAUGACGGAGUUUCUUUUGGAGUCCAAGAGGUACAUGACCGUGAUUUCACCCUGACCACAGAGUUUGUGAAGCGUAUGGGUGGAGACCAUGGUGGAGACUGGACUUGGAGGAUUACUGCAAAACAACAUGGCACCGCUGCCUCAGCUCCUGUGAUCUCGCUGAUGUUCUACACUGCUACAGAUGUUCAAGGUUCCUUGCAGGCUCAUGUAGAGGAGAAAAAUCGCUUGAGCUCUGUGACUGGAACAUCUGAGGAGCUUGGCAACUUCAAGAUCACAUUUGGCAAGCCCACUGCAGGGGAAGGUGCUAGUGGCAAAUAUGCCAGAUAUAAUUACUUGCAAACUAAGAGCCCUGGCCUUGAUAAACUAACAGAUAUAGUGAAGAACAGCCUAAAUCACAAGUUUGAUUUCAGUCCUCCCAAAGGUGAAAAAAGAUUUUAUUUUGCUGUGGAUUCUUACAAAGUCACUAACCACCAGAACCAACAGAAAGAUCUUAAGAUGGAGAGUGAUUUUGUGGUGCAUCAAGUAACAGUUCAAACCCCUUUCCAGAUUGAAGUUUUGUUUGAAUCCGGGAGCUUCCGGGAGCGACCGAAUCAACUUGUGGGCUCUAUGCUUACAGACGAGCUGGAGAAGCGUAAGGUGGCAUUUGAUGAGAAGUUUGAGAGUACAUUUGGCCUCCAAGCUAAAGGGUUCACAUCUUCACAGAUUAAAUUUGCUAAGGCAGCUUUAAGCAACAUGCUUGGUGGCAUGGGAUAUUUCUUCGGACAGUCGGUGGUACAGUCGGUUUAUAAUGAGCACCCUGUGCUUUACCCUGAGGGUCCACUGUUUACGGCAGUACCAUCUCGCUCUUUCUUUCCAAGGGGCUUUCUUUGGGAUGAAGGAUUUCAUCAACUUCUCAUCAGCAAAUGGGACACUCAGUUAACAAAGGAAGUCAUUGCACACUGGCUUGAUCUUAUCAAUAUAGAGGGCUGGAUCCCACGCGAACAAAUCUUGGAUGAUGAAGCACGCAGCAAAGUACCGUCCGAGUUUAUAGUGCAGCACAACGAAAACGCUAACCCGCCCACGCUCUUCCUGGCCCUACAGGAGUUACUAGAGCAGCUGAAUGCUCAACCAGAGUUGCCAUCCUCUCAAACCAUGAUUCCUUUCCUGAGAAGGUUGUACCCAAGGCUGCAGAUUUGGUUUGAGUGGUUUAAUACCACACAAGCUGGACCAAUGGCCAACUCCUACCGCUGGCGAGGACGGGACAAAGACACCAACCUUUUCCUAAAUCCCAAGACCCUGACCUCUGGCCUGGACGACUACCCACGGGCUUCCCACCCAUCUGCUGAUGAGAGGCAUGUGGACUUGUAUUGCUGGAUGACCCUGGCCUCUGGCAUCAUGGCAAAUGUGGCACGAAUACUUGGGGAACCACAUCUGGUGUACGAAAACACCCACCUUACUCUGAGCAAUAAUGAUCUGUUAAACAAACUGCAUUGGUCUGAGAAUCUGCACACAUUCAGUGAUUAUGGAAAUCACACCCAGGUGGUCUCACUUCAGCAGGAGAAAGUGUUCGUGCCUCCUGGACAACCACGGCACCAGUUCCCAGUCACACGGUUGGUUCGCUCUGUUCGUAAAGCCCCUAAGCUCCAGUAUGUGAAUGCAUUAGGCUAUGUUAGCCUUUUUCCGUUCUUGCUACAAAUUCUGACACCAGAUUCGCCAAAAAUAGAGCAUAUUUUGCGGGAUAUUCAAGAUCCUGAACGCCUUUGGACACCCUAUGGCCUGCGCUCGCUCUCGCACUCAGAUCCCCUCUACAUGAAGAGGAACACGGAACAUGAUGCCCCCUACUGGCGAGGACCGAUCUGGAUCAACAUCAACUACCUGGCAGUUAGAGCACUGCAUCACUAUGGCAGCAUAGAAGGGCCAUACAAAAAGAAAGCAGCUACCCUAUAUCAAGAUCUCAGGACUAACCUUAUCAAUAAUGUUUACAAGCAGUAUAUGGAAACUGGAUACAUCUGGGAACAGUACAAUGAUAGCACUGGAAGGGGGCAGGGUAGCCACCCCUUUACUGGCUGGUCGGCUCUGAUUGUACUGAUAAUGGCUGAAGAGUAUUAAAAUCAGUAGCAGGCCAGAAUCAGAAUGAUAAACCAAGAUCAACUGGUGCCAUAUGUUUAUUACAACAAAGUGUAAUUCAAUUUUACUUAAUUGGUGGAUUUUUUUUUAUUUGUUGAUUUAAUAUAAUAAUGAAGAGUCCACAUUAAAUAUUUCAGUUUUAUGUCCAGUUAAAUGUGAUUAUAUCCUCAGGUUCGAAAAGCUGUAGGCUUUUUCUGGAUCAGACAAAACAGUAUCAUCUGUGUGAACCAAGAGUGGUCCAUUGGUGUUUGGCUUCAUUUAACAAAAUAAAUUAAAAACUUCUUAUAAAAUCAUUCUUCAGAUGAAUUGAAUACUAUACUUUAUAUAACAGUCAUAUCUCUUUAUGGAUGGUGUUUUUAAAAAAGUGUUACGUAAUUUACUCUGAUUAUAAAUAGGGUUGGAGAUUUGCUCUCUUUGUACUGUAUAUAAUUCAUGUUUUAGAAUUUGAAUUGAAUUGGCCACAAUUCACAGAAAGUUGAAUUGCAGUGACAGAAAAAGUACUGAAUUGAUUCUUUCUGUUUAUCAGGUCUAGACAUUUUUAAACUUUUUUUUUUUUCAAAGAAGCCUUUGUCAUGCCACAGUUUUUCGAUUUUUACUUUUCUGCUUUAAAAAUACAUUUAAAUUUAUUUCAGUUCAUUUUAAUUGUACUUUCUUAACAAUUUUAGUUAGAUGUGUAAAAACAUUUGAAGAAAUGUUCAUAUACUAAGUACAAAAAAAAGAAAAGAUUUGAAUAUGAAAGUUGAUAAUUGUUUUGCAGGAAAGUAUAUAUUCUCUCUCUGUGUCUACAUGUACAGUGCAUUUCUAUUCUCUUUCAGGUAGAGAGUCUCAGUUUUCUUUGAGUCAUAAAAAUUUGUAAACAUAA